AUGAGAGAUUUACCUAAGGCAACUGUCACAACGAAUCCCCUUUCGAGUUUAGGUGCUAGCACCCCUUUGAGCUGUGACAAUUAUAUUCAAAACCAAAAUAAAAAAAAAAGGAAAAAUAACGAAAAAUCGAAAAAUUAAUAUAUUUAUAUAAUAGAAAAAAUGUUAGGACAAAUAUGGACAAGUAAUAAUACUUAGGUUGUUGGUUUCUGUUAGUUGUCUCCUUCCUUACAUCACACGUAGGAAGGAGAGAGAAAGAGAAUCAGACAGUUAAUGGAUCAAGAAAAGUAAAACAUAGUGAUUCAAUUUCUAUCUCUCUGCAUUUUUUUACCAUAGUUAGUGUGAUCCAUAAUUUCCAACCAAAAAAAGACAAUCUUGUUGUCUUUUUCACUAGUAUCCCAUUUUAAAAUAUUCUUCAAUGAUGAAAUCCAUGUUGAAAAAAGAUUCUUAUUGAUCCAAAAAAAGAAAAAAGUGUGAUUAUUAUUGUUAUUAUCAUGAAGGCAUUGGAAGCAACUGUAAGAAAAACACAAUUGGUAGCCAGGAAAAGAGCCCACACAAUAUUUGGCACAUAUGGACCAACAACACAAGUUGAUGAAGCAGAGCUUAAUAAUAACAACAAAGAAAAAGAAUUAUUAGAAGAUCAUCAACAAGAAAAUUAUGAUGAAGGUCCAAUGAAUGGUGAAUUAUACCAUUUAGAAAAAUUUCUUCCUAAUGGAGAUUAUUAUACUGGAUAUUGGGUUGAUAAUGUACCUCAUGGACAAGGCAAAUAUUGGUGGACAGAUGGAUGUAUGUAUGUAGGUGAUUGGCAUAAAGGAAAAAUGAUGGGAAAAGGUAUAUUUAGUUGGCCUUCUGGUGCUAUGUAUGAAGGAAAUUUCAAGAAUGGUUAUAUGGAUGGUGAAGGUACAUAUACAGCACCAAAUGGUGAUACAUUUAGAGGUUCUUGGUUAAUGGAUUUGAAACAUGGACAUGGUGUUAAAGAAUAUGCAAAUGGUGAUUGUUAUGAUGGGGAAUGGUGUAGAGGAUUACAAGAAAAAAGUGGGAAGUAUACUUGGAAGAAUGGGAAUUAUUAUGUAGGUGAGUGGCAAAAUGGUAACAUUUGUGGGAAUGGGAAAUUGUAUUGGACUAACGGGAAAAUGUAUGAAGGGAAUUGGGAAGAUGGAUUGCCUAAAGGAAAAGGUACAUUUCAUUGGGCUGAUGGGAGUUAUUAUGUUGGGAAUUGGAGUAGAGAUCCAGAUGAAUUGAAUGGGACUUUUUAUCCAUCUGAGUCAUUAUUAGAAAGGGGGAAUUUUGAAUGGGAUCCUCAACAAGUUUUCAAUGUUGAUUUGAUUGGAUGCACAAUUUCACCAAAUGAUAAAGUUUCAGCAUUGCCUUCACAAAAGAAACUCGCGGUGAGGAUAUCGAAGAAUGUGGAUAAUAACAACGUCGUUAAUAGGACAAGGAGGAUGUCGAUAGACGGUUCAGUAGAUAGUGAAUUUAGUAGAAUGCAGUUAUCAGACGGAGUUGGAACAACAACUACUACUACAAGUAUUUCUUGUUCGGAUAUCGAAGCGAUGGUUAGUUUGCAGGAAGCUGAUGGAUAUAAAAGUGGAAGCCCUAUUAGGAUUCCUAAGAUUGUCAAAAGGCAAGGAAUCACAAUUUCUAAAGGGCAUAAGAAUUAUGAGCUUAUGCUCAAUUUGCAGUUGGGAAUCAGGCAUACAGUACAAAAGCUUGGCCCUCCUCCAACACUUGAUCUCGAGCCAUCGGCUUUUGAUCCGAAAGAGAAGUACUGGACAAGAUUUCCACCUGAAGGAUCUAAGAGUACGCCGCGCCAUCAGUCUUGUGAGUUCAGAUGGAAAGAUUAUUGCCCGAAAGUUUUCAGGGCUUUGAGGACGUUGUUCAAGGUGGAUGCAACCGAGUAUAUGUUGUCUAUUUGUGGCCCCCUUAGAGAGCUAAGUUCUCCUGGAAAAAGUGGAAGCUUCUUUUACUUGACAAAUGAUGAUAGAUACAUGAUCAAGACAAUGAAAAAGGCAGAAGUAAAGGUACUUCUAAGGAUGCUCAAUGCCUAUUAUAACCAUUUUCGUGCUUUCGAGAACACCCUCGUGACUAGGUACUAUGGCCUGCAUUGCCUCAAGCUAAAUGGACCAGCUCAAAAGAAGGUCCGGUUCGUGAUCAUUGGGAAUCUCUUCUGCACCAAUUACACUAUUCAUAGACGGUUCGACUUGAAAGGAUCAACUUUUGGCAGGAUAACAGAUAAGCCAGAAUCAGAAAUUGAUACAACAACUACUCUUAAGGAUCUUGAUCUCAACUUCAUAUUCAGGUUACAAAAGUCAUGGUUUGAAGAAUUCCGGAGGCAAGUUGAUAGGGAUUGUGAGCUCUUGGAACAGGAAAGAGUGAUGGACUACAGUCUUUUAGUUGGUGUUCAUUUUAGGGAAGGAAAUGCUACUGGAUAUCAAACUCCUUCUGGCUGUAAGACGCCUAUUGAAAAUGGAACCACAGAAGUUGAACCAGUUCAUCGGUUUUCUCGAUCAGAUGUGGAUCUAUUACUUCUUAAUGCAGCAGGGUUGACUAGCACAAGUUUGGGAGUAAACAUGCCUGCAAGAGUUGAAAGGACAUUCAGGAAAAAUGACUUGGACUUUCAGCUAGUCGGAGAACCAACAGGGGAGUUGUACGAUGUGACAUUGUUUUUCGGAAUAAUAGACAUACUUCAAGACUAUGACAUUACCAAAAAGCUUGAACAUGCUUACAAGUCCAUCCAAUGCGAUCCAAAUUCUAUCUCAGCAGUUGAUCCAAUGGCAUACUCAAGGCGUUUUCGCGAUUACAUAUUCAAAGUUUUUGUAGAGGACAAUUAAUAAGGACUAUCAUUUUUGUAAGUCUGCAGUUCUUUUUUUGUGAAUUUGAUGGGAGGAACUCAAGCUGCAAGGAGAAAUGCUUGUGAAGGACUCCCAACAAAUUUUGCCGUUGAAGCUUAGAAGAACUUAUGCUUCAUGGAACUUUUGUCUUAACAUUUUGAAGUUUUUUGUUAAAUUUAUAGAUAUAUACUAUUUUGAUAGCAAUUGUAUAGAAAAAGUUGUAAACGGAGUGAUUGGUUCAUGAACAGAUUUUGUUCCAAUUGCCAACUAACCUAAGCCCCUUUAACUUUCUGGGUUCUUUUGUUUCAAUGUAGUUCAUGAACAGAUUUUGUUUUUGUCUUUCUCUUUUUUAUUUUUUGGUUUCCUACCUGGUGUCCGGCAUCGUCAUUAGGACCCCAGCAAAUUUGUGUCACGUAUUCCUGAACCCGAGACCUCUGGUUAAGG